AUGACCGAGUCACCGCCGACCAGUCCCCAGGCUGCUGGUGACCGGCAAAGGUCUGGAAAGCAUGCUCACGCCGCAAAAGCCCAUCCACCAUCAGACCAGAAGGAUGCAUCAAGACAUGGCCACCAUCGCCGUCACCCUUCCCUGUCUGCCAAGAGUCCACAGCGCCGUCCUCCUCAAGCCUUGCGGAGAACACCAAACAGGCUGAACGUCCGUACGGACCCCGGUGGUCUGGGCCGACGACAUGCACCCUCCUCGGUCCCAGACCUUACGGCGGCGAUAGCCGGCAGCGGAGUGAGAAACGCUUCUUCUCUGAGCCUACUCGUGGAGACGCCCGUGCCGGCCGGUGAUACGCACAAGGACGAGCAGAACCCGCCUCUAUUCAAAGCAACCUUCAAGGGGCGAGUGUACGCCGAGUCGGACGAUGUCAGUCAUCCGGCUCGGGUCGAUGACCCCGACACACGGGCGGACAUGUCGGACGCGAACUAUAGUUCCUCCAGGCAUAGCGGAUACGGCAGCUCCAUGAUAGAUUCUCAACAGUCCAGUGAGCUCCAAGACAUCGACAAAUACGACCAGCAGUUCCCCCCGCUUCGGCGCACCAUGCGGCAACCCAGUCCCACCUUCGUCAGAAUGCGCGAACAUGCCAUCGUGGAACAGCUGCAACGGAUAGAAUCACCAGUGCCGCUCCAGCAGCGAGCCGAGGGGCCAGGUAAUGACGAUACCGACGCUGUUACUACAUCGGAGUCGGACCCUGAAGAUACCCGCACUAUCUUGUGGAAAAGGUUAUCUGAGCAACGACGCAAGGCCAGACGUGUGCGAGAGAGUAUGCGACAAAAACACAACGAAUUGCAAACCUUGCAAAGGGACAAGAGCAAGGCAGAUAAUGCCUUGAUAGGACUGUUGAGGUCGUUGAUCGUGCUGGAUGAUGCCUCCGCCCUCUCAGAGCUGAGAUCCCCCAAUACACUAGAGCUUUUUCACGAAGUGCAGUGGCACAUGGCUGCAUAUCUGGAUGCCGAAGACCAGUAUGGCAAGCUGCGAAAGGAGCUGGAUGCAAGCGAGACCGCCCUGGAAAACGCUGAGCGGCUCUUCUUUAGUUCUUGGUUUGACACUCGACUUUUGAAGCCCGAGGCGGCCGCCCUGCCGCCGUCUUCACCAAGACCAGAUGAGCAGAAACAGCCCGUCCCAUACCACUUAAUGGGAAUAUCUGGCGACCGCCCAAUAGACCUACACCCGAAAUAUCAAGAACUGCUCGACGCCGUCGCUGAGCGGACUCUGGCCAACGAGCAUCACACCGAGUUGCUAGGUCGUUGGAGUGUCAUUAUCGACAACUUGGAAAGGGGAGUCAAGAUCGACCUCCUUAAUUCAGAGCAGCAAUUACAAAAGCUAAAGCUUGAGCGGAACGGCUUUCACAGAGGAGAGCAAUAUCAUAGUACGGAACUCGACAAGAUCCAAGCAAAGAUCGAAUCCCUUAGAGAAAGAGUCGAUCACUUCCAAAAAACCGGAGAUGCGUGGAAAAAUCUCAGACCAGAGAGUGUGGCCGAGGAAGACUACGAGUUCCUCUGUGAGUUCGAGGACAACGAGCAACGUGCCCGGGACAAGGUCGACCAGGCAGAACAUAAAGUAGUUCGGCUAGCUCAGGACUGCAAGGCGAAAGGCGUCAUGCCUCAAUCAGCGUACUACAAUGAGGAUUAUUCUAUCGUCUAUGACAUUGCGCAGCUGCCCCUCAGCGAAGCUCACACCCUGGAUAUUCAGGACGAGGAAGUAUCCGAAGACGAAGAGGAAGAACCAGCUACCACUCGUUUCACAGGCCUCUUGUCGACCUCGAGGCACUUGCUCUUCCAAGAUCAGCCUCUCACCAUAGAGCAGGCCUGGGCUAAGGCCCAGGAGUUGCCUCGCGAGGAGCCGGAGACGGCCCGCAUUAUUGAAGACUUGAGGAAGGAGCACGGCAUCUCGAGGGUUCUCUCGCAGUUCGAAAACCGGUUCGAUUACGUCAACCGAUGGCUCCUACACAGGCUCCGCAUCACGCCCCUCGAGAUCCGCCUCCUCUACUCCAUCUUCUCGACCCUGCUGAGGGUCAUUGACGUGCGGCGCUGGCAGAAUGACGUCCUCUACUGGUGGCCUAGGGAUGGCAUGGAUAGCCCUACCAACCAGCGUAGUGCAUCCGUCAGCGCCCCGGCUGCUUACUACCAGUCUCGGCCAGUUAGUCUGCAGUCGGUGGAGGAUCUUGUGGCUGACAACCCACCGAGUCCUGUUUCGCCUUUUCGGUGA